CGUAGGAAAAUCCAUUACAAUUUAAAAAGUUCAUUACAUAUGGACUUGGACAAAUGAAGUGAGAAGAAAUUUGAAAAAAAAGAAUAAGCAGUUUUUACGACGAGUGUGAAUUUCUUACAAAUAAUAACGUGACAAUUAAUAUGGCGCUUCUAUGCAGACAACAUUCGUGAACUGUCAUUAUGGAGAAAGUCGAUACUAAAACGUGGUUUAAUGAAUUUGGACGAGAGAUCGAACAAUCGGAUAUAAGAUGCGAGGCCUUAAAAUCUCAACUGAGCUACAUGAAAAAUCUUUAUCAAGGUUUUCCUUCAGAGCCAAUCGAGCCAUUAAAAUCGCAAGGUCAUUCACCCCGCCUUGGUCAAUCAUCACAUGGAUCAAAUGAUUUCAAAGAAUUUAUAAUUAAAGAAAACUAUCAAAUGCAGAGUUAUAUGAGCGAUAUACACAAAAUGAAAUGCAUGAUAGAGGAAACAAUUGCUGAAAAUCCUAGAACAAACCAGGAAAAAAGUAUCAAGUCUCCUCGAUUUUCCUUUGAAAAAAUAGACACCGAUUUUUCAAACGAUGGCAGGGAGAAAAGUAACAAAAAAAUCGGUGAUUUUGAAUCAGAAUCACCUCGUACAAUGAUUCUAUCAUCAAGGAUGAAAAAAACUGAGAGUUGCAGCGACGAAAUUUUACAGAAUAAUCUUGAUCGAAAUUCAGAUCAGGACUACUAUUCCGAAAUUUCAAAAAGUUUUAGAAGACACGUGAUUGAAAUACCAAUUUCUUCUGAAAACCAAGAGGAGCAGGUAGUUGAUACCCCAGAAUUUCAGAAUAAACCUAAAAAGGAAGAAUUGGUUUUGGACCUCUCAAGAAGUGUGGAAAGUACACAUACACAUAAAAAGAAGCAAUUGAGCAAAUCUGAGAAAAAAUAUUACAGAAAGGGAAUAGUUGAUAAAACACUGAUUAAUAGAUGGAAAUCAAAUGGAAAAAUGGAAGAGAGCCUCAUUACAAUUGCUAAUGUCAGAAAGAAGAAGGGCAGAUUGAGGAGUGUCAAUUCCAGAAGUACUAUUGCUACCCGGGAUACAAGUUUGUCCGAAAGAAAAGAUAGCAGGAGAAAAAAACGCAAAAAUUUUUUACAAAAAAAUAGUCAAAGUGUUACCUCGCAUCGUCAACAAAUUCAUGAGGCGUCCCUAGGAAAGCCUCAGCAAAAUUGGAGUGACGUUGUGGAACUUUAUCACAAUAUGGCUGUAAAAAGUGGAAGCCUUUCAGUAGUUUCUAGCAAACAUUCUCGUAUUGAUCCUCCCUUUCAAGAAUCUGUUCAUGGAACACCUUUAGCAAAUAACUGUAAUAAAAAACUUGAAAAUCGACAACAGCAAAUUAAAAAAACUGAUAAACGAGAAAAAUGGAAAAAUAUGGAUACGUUUGAGGAAGAGAGUAUUUCGAACAGAACAGUAAAGCAAAAUUAUAAAGAAGAAUAUUUGGCUGAAGAUCAUGAUAGUGAAAGGAUUCCUUAUUUGCAUUCUUAUCCAGGGUCUAAAUUCUAUGAUCCAAUGGUGGUACGAAAUUAUGAACAGCCCACAGUUUCCUCGAAACUAAAACGAGUUCAAAGGUCAUACUUCAAUAGGUUCAACUUUAGGAACAUUCCCUUUAUUGUAGGAACUUCCAUCUCUCCAAGCCACAAUCUAGGUCUUAAUAUUCAACAAGUUUUGAGUAUAAUGAAAGCCAAGCAGUCGAGACCAAAUGGUAUUACCCCAAUGCUGAUUCGAAAAGUUAGUCAAGGAAUAAGACCUAUGACAUCUCUUUUGAGUCAAAUGAGCAAUCGAAAUGGUUUUCCAAAUUUUGAUAACAACGAACGUUUGAACAACUCUUUAAAUUAUCAAACGAAAGACGCUCAGUCUGUUUCUACAAACAGAAUGUCUAAUUUUGAACAAAAUUAUUCUACGAUGCACCAAACUUAUAGCAGCAAAAAUACAUGUGAAACACUUUUUGAGGAAAAAGAGGAAAAUGAAUGGAUUGAGCAAAAACAUAAUUUUGUCAUCAAACAAUGUCCGAGUUCUAACAAUAAAAUAAUGAAAGGAAAGAAAUUUAAUGACCAGGCACAAAUAUCCCGAUGCACUUUUCCUAAACGAAAACAGAUGGAACUGAAUAUGGGAGAUUACAAUCUCAGCAGUUAUCAAAACGCAUCAAAUAGUGCGACAGAGAAUCGAGAUGUGCUGUUAAAACUUCACGAUCAGUUUGAAGAGAUGAACACGAGGUACGAAAGGUUACAAGAAAAGGCAGAAAAAUGCAAAGAUAAAUCUCUGAGUAAAGAAUUAGAGAAAUUGGAAACAGAGCUCACUGCAAAGGAAGAAGAAAUUAGAGCUGUUGUUUGUCUCUACAAAGAAGUAAUGGUUUUAAAGAAACAAAUGAAAAUGAUGGCAGAUAGAAAUAGUUUUGUUUGUCUAUCAACAGAGUCUUCAAACCCCUGCCCAAUAAUUAAUCAUGCCCAUACGCCAAUUAUUAGACCUCAGACUGCACCUCAUUUGAAAAUGUCAAAAGGUCAGGGAACCAUAACAGGAAGUAUUCGAGAACCUUCGACAGGAACACGAUUAACAGGUCUUCUGCGACAAAUUCAGAUGUUCCAAAGACAGCUCAAUCAAGCUACAUAAAACUGUAAAAUGUUCACUCUGAGCUAUAAUAUUCAAACGAGAAACCCUAUUAAAUCCUCGAAAUUUUUAGAAUCAAA